AUGUCAGGAACCGCACCACCAAGCUUGCCCGAUGCCUCCGAUGAUGAAAUGGUCGAUGCGCCGCCAUCUAGAGAUCCCAGUGUGGAUGUUCAAACAGCUGACAACCAAGACGACGAUCCUGAUGUCGAACCAGAAGAAGAGCCAGAACCCGAGCAACAAAACGUACAGGAAGAUGACCAGGAACAGGCGCAAGACCAAGAACAACAACAACAAGAGCAGACAGGCGCAGAUGAAACUGGUGUUGAAGCACAAGCAGAGACCGACGCCGAGCCUAAAGCCGAAGGCGCAUCAAGCCCAGCAGCGCCGGAACCAGAUACUCCCUCAAAAUUCAGUGGUACUCCUCGUGGAGGUGGGGGACUAGCUGGAUAUCCUCGCAAGCGCCGCCCUGGCCGGCCACCCAAGAACCCCCGACCGGAAUUGGACGAUGGAACAGAGCAGAAGAUUGUUGUCUCAACUCCAGUGAAAAGAAGACGGGGUCGGCCUGCUGCCAGCGGGGGCAGAUGGGGCCGUAGAGGUGGAAAUCCUCAUGUUACACAGGUGGCUGUCGACAAGGAAGGCACGAUGAUGGAUGUUGUGAACGACGAGGUCGCUCUACCAGAUAUUGAAGAAGGCGAAAAGAAGGUGGACAAAAUGGGUCACUUGUUGGAAGGAAGAGAAUAUCGAGUGCGCACAUUUACCAUUCUCAACCGGGGAGAGAGGCUGUACAUGUUGUCAACGGAACCGGCGCGGUGUAUCGGAUUCAGAGAUUCGUACCUGUUCUUCCAGAAGCACAAAAUGCUGUAUAAGAUUAUCAUUGACGAUGACGCUAAACGUGACUUGAUCGAGCGAGACAUCAUCCCCCACUCCUACAAAGGAAGGGCUAUUGGUGUGGUGACGGCGAGGUCCGUUUUCCGAGAAUUCGGUGCGAAAAUCGUUAUAGGUGGACGCAAGGUCAUCGAUGAUUAUGAUGAGAAAGCUGCACUAGAACGUGGAGAUACCGAGGGCGAACUAGCCGUUCCUGAAGACAGACUGCCGCCUGCCGGAGAGGAGUACAACAGGAAUCAAUAUGUUGCGUGGCACGGCGCAAGUGCAGUUUAUCACACUGGUGCACCGUCUGUGCCGUUACCUGUUGGAAAGGCUGUUGAUCAAAAGAAGCGCAAGGUGACAGUGACUGGGGAUAACUGGAUGAUUGAACAUGCCAGAGAGACUAGUCGGUUCAACUCGGUUCUUGCAAACGUACGACGGGAGAAUCUGGAGGGUGUAUACGAUGUUCACACUAACUACGUACAAUACCCAAAGAUCAUGCAACCAACGCAUGCACGAUGGGAAGUAGUUCCUCCGUCCGAGGACUCAAAAUCUUCCAACCAGCUCGUCGAGAACAUGUCCUCCUUACAGAUCAUGAGUGGAAACACACCGAAAGCUGAUGAGGAUGAUGAGGCUGUCAACGACGAAAACGGCGAGUCGGGCGAAAACCAACUUUCACAGGCUACUCCGGCAGUUGCCAGUAUGAUGCCUCCAGUACCUUCCAUAUUCACACGACGCUUUGCUAUUACAGAUAUACAUUACGAAACGCCCGAAACCAGCACUCUUGGACGCCCAGGUCCAGACGGCGAUGUUCAGGACAUUGGCUCAAACGGAAUCAUCAGCAUGGCCAACCCUCAACAUCCGGAGUUUGUCAGUGCAGAGAUACUUGCUGAGCUUCCACCGGAAUGCAAGGAAGCAUUGAUGGAAGCAGCGAUGAAAGAGUAUGAAUGGAAAUCGAAAUGGCAGACGGAAUCGACGGACGCAGCCAGAGGUCAUAUCCUCCAGAGCUAUAAUUGGCAUCCUUGA